AUGCAUAUCACUGAUCAAUCGAUUCAAGAAAUCGACAAAAGUGCAUCACCAGCAAGCAUGCACGAAUGCGAGGACAGAUCCAGCAUGCGAGUCACAAGACUUGCCUAUCAGAGCCACAACGCACCUUUUGGACUAUGGACCCUUCCAAAUCCAGUCGACGGUCCUACGUCCGCACCCUGUUAUAUGCCGUAUGGCGAGCCAUCUCCACCUAACAACUCUAGCUCAACGCCCGGACUUACUACAGGCGACCAAACAACAGUCCCCAAACUUAUCGAGACUGACGUUCUCAAACCAUGGGAGAAAGGCUCCAAGUCUGGAAAGAAGAUUAAGAGAGGACCGAGAGUUCGUGGCGGUAUGAAUUUGGCAAGCGAUGUUGUCAGCAGCGACGGCAGUUUCAAGAACAGCAGCAGCUUUAGCAACAAUGUACCUUCCACUGCUACGACAUCGACCCAGCCAUCGUCGCAGAACUUGCCUGCCUCGUAUACUGGAUGGUACCCGGCUCUCGAUGUCGCCCAAUACACCGGAUGCCCUGGUGGCCUUGUUUUGCCUCGCCCAGCCACUCAUCACAUCAUUCAUCCCGAUACAGCACAAGCUGCAAUCGCAUCAUCGAGAAAGAGAAAGCACGACCCCCUCGAGAUCGAGGCUUCUGCUCAAUCGGCAAAGAUGCAUAGAAGAGAGUAA